UAUUGCUGUCAUGGUUCUUUCUCAAUUUUCUGAUUCAGUUUUGUUUUCUUUACUGCGUUGUUGGACUCAAUAUGUUGUGUUAAUUUAGAGUUGAAAAGAAAUCAAUACUGUAUAUUCAUUUAGCGACAGCGAUAUCACUAAAAUAUACAAAACCUGUAGCGCGUGAACGUGUUCUUACUUAUAUUUGCAUAUUCAAGCUACAAAAAUGGGAAAAGGUUUUAAUAAUUACAUGUGUAAAAAGUUUUUCCAUCCCGCUUCGAGGGAUAACUUAAAGCGAGUAUGGAUGGCUGAACAAAAAACAGAUGCGUACAAGAAAAAACAAGAGGAAUUAAAAGUACAAUAUGAAAGAGAACAGGAACUACAUGAAAACAAGGCUUUGUUGAGCAAAGAAAGUAAAGACAAACUAAGUCUCAACUUUAUGUACGAGCCACCCCCAGGUGUCAAGAAGGAGCGUGAAAGAGAAGACAACGAGCCAGAGUACAAGUUUGAGUGGCAGCGGAAGUACAAUGCACCUAGGGAAAGUUACUGCAAGGGCGACAAUGAAAUCAGAGAUCAGCCAUUUGGCAUUUUGGUGAGGAAUGUGCGAUGUAUCAAGUGCCACAAAUGGGGUCACAUUAAUACAGACAAAGAAUGUUCCAUGUACUCCCUAUCAAUGAGUGAGGCCCGUGCACUUCAGGCUUCCACAUCCGCCCCUGAAGAGGAGGAGGAAAAGCCUGAUGUCCCGACCUUGAUGCAACACAUGAGAGACUCUGGGCUUGUCAUGAAACCUGGAGCACUGCCUCUUGCUGCCACCAGAAUCGAGGACAAUGAAGGUGGCGCUAAUCUAACUGAAAUGGACCUGAUAAGUCAGUUGACUAAGAAGCAAAAGAAGAAAUUGUUGAAGAAGCUGGAAAAACUUGAGGAGAAAAAACACAAAAAAUCUAAGAAGGACAAGAAACACAAAAGGAAGUCAAGGGACAGAGAUUGAAUUUUUUAUUCUUUAGAAUAUAAUUGUGUAUAUUUUUUAACUUUUAAGAUUUCUGGGCCCCUAAAUAAUUUAUAAUUCUUUUCAAGCUGGGGGCAUUUCAUGUCUCUAAAUGUUUUUUUUUAUUAUGUUCAUAAAAAGGCCCAUAAGGAAGUUAACUGUGUUAAAUAAGUAUUGCAAGUACAUCAUUGUAAACAUCGCUUGUUUCACUUUGUGUUAUAACUUGAAUUUAAGCUAUUUACUGAAUAAAGAAAUUUAAUAUGCACCUAA